CGCCGCCAACUGAGGAGGUUCGUUUUUAAAACAUGUCGGCAUGCUUUGCGAAAUCACUAAUCAGUUUAGUACUGCACCGCGACACAGCUAAAGCUAAGUCGUACCAAAUCGUUGGAAACACGCGGCUUUUUCUAUAAUAUUUUCGGCACAAAAUGUGUUUUUCAAAUAAGCGUUUGAAAUGUGGUUGUAAUCAAUACAAAGAGACUUGAAGGUGUUUUGGCCUGUGGCUUUAUUUAUUUAUUUUUUUUUUUUUUUUGGUGUGGAUAUUAAAAUAUUUGAACAGAGGAUAGAUUAGAAACUCCUCAAUAAAAGAAAAGUUCCUACUACCAUUUAUUCAGAAAACGGAAAGCGAAUCUGUGAUAUUCAACGCGAGCAAGCGCUUAUUUCAACACCCCAGCUGUGAUUUUUUAUUAAGUAUACGUUCUAGCAUAGACUUUCACCAUCAAAAAUGACCAACAAUAGUCCUAUCAGUAUCGAGGACAGGAACCAGGAGAUGCUGGGUCAAAAAUUGAUCGACGAUGUCAAAAUGGAACAUGAACAUAUGCGUCUUCCUAGACUGGGACAACGUCAGAAACUAUUAGGAAAUAGAUCAGCACCUACUCUAGUAUUACCAGCCAAUCAAAUACCAGCUGCGGCAAAACUUACCAGAAGACGUUCCGAUAAUAGCAUAUUAGGAUCUUUGAACCGGAUUCGCUUGUCCAUAGGUAAUGGAUCGAAAGACUUACCAGCUCAUGUGUGGAACAGAUAUAGACAGAGUAGGUUUAAUGCUAGAAGAAUAAGAAAAAGGGUGGUCUUCAAGCAUGGAGAUUGUAACGUAGUUCAAGGAAAUGUAGCCAAAAGAAGAAGAAGGUACUUACAGGAUAUUUUUACAACAUUAGUUGAUGCCCAAUGGCGAUGGACCCUUUUAGUAUUUGCAAUGAAUUUUUUUUUAUCGUGGCUCUUAUUCGCGCUCAUCUGGUGGCUCAUAGUAUUUACUCAUGGAGAUUUAAAUAUCGAAGAACAAUAUGUGAACGGAACAGAAGUAGCACCUCCAACCCCUUGUUUGACUGGUGUGCACAGUUUUACCUCAGCUUUCCUUUUUAGUGUUGAAACUCAACAUACCAUUGGAUUUGGUUCUAGAGCUACCACUGAAGAAUGUCCGGAAGCAAUUUUUGUAUUGUGCAUUCAAGCAAUUGCAGGAGUGAUGAUUCAAGCCUUUAUGGUAGGCGUAGUAUUCGCCAAACUGUCUAGGCCAAAAAAGCGCACACAAACGCUAUUAUUCUCGAGAAAUGCUGUGAUUAGUCAUAGAGAUGGUAUACCUUGUCUUAUGUUUAGGGUUGGUGAUAUGAGAAAAAGUCACAUUAUAGAGGCGCACGUCAGAGCGCAACUAAUCAAGCACAAAGUUACCAAGGAAGGUGAACAUCUGCCCUUUUUCCAAACCGAACUGAAGGUAAAGGUUGGCGGAGAUGGUGAUGAAGACAAAAUAUUUUUCAUAUGGCCAACAACCAUCGUUCAUAGAAUCGACAGCAGAUCGCCAUUGUACACCAUGUCAGCCACUGAUCUGUUAAGGGAAAGAUUUGAAAUUGUUGUAAUUUUAGAAGGUGUAAUAGAAUCAACAGGGAUGACAACCCAAGCCCGUUCCAGCUACCUUCCCUCAGAAAUCUUAUGGGGUCACAGAUUUCAGUCUCUGAUAACAUUCAAAAAAGAUUCUGGAGAAUAUGAAGUCGAUUAUGCUCAGUUCAACAAUACCAUUCAAGUUGAUACGCCACUUUGUAGUGCCAAGGAACUUGACGAACACCGAGCUGCUUUUAGUGCUGACGGAUCAGAUCACGUUAGAUCCAGUGCCUUCCCCUCACUCCGAACCCAUUCCAGUGAUAGCCUCUCAAGUUUAGAUUCAAUGCUUAUAGAUGAAGGUCAUAUUGAAAUGAAAAUACCUCAACACUACGACAUGAAAUCGUACCUCCCCAAAAUCGAGAGUCAUCCAAAUAUGAAAUUCCAGGGCAAAAAUGGCAUCAAGAAAGAUUGCGUUAUCAACAUGGACUAUAACAAAACUGACAGUGGGCAUUUUAGUCGUAUAGACAGUCAUGUGGACAUGAAAACUAUGCCCAAUAUACAUGAAGAUGAGGCUGAGAGUUGUAAUAGUAGCUGUUUGGAAAUGAAAAUUGCGGUACCAUCUAUUAGUGUAACAAAUUCGGAACCGGAUGAAAAUAAUCCUUUAUUGAAUGGGGAUGGUAAUGAUUUGAAUUACUCAAUUCAGGUUGUUUAAUUUAAAUUAACUCAUAAGACUGGUUGGUGAUUAAUUGAUCUUGUGGUGGUAUACUGUAUACUAUUUCCAAAAUAAACCCAAUUUAAGGUACAUAAUAAAACCUUAAUGGCUUCGGAGUAUUAAUCUUAAACAGUAGUCAAAAAACAGAUUUCUCAGCAUAUUUAAUUCCAGCAGCCUACCUUUUAUUUUCGAUAAUUCCAUUGUGCAGUGCAGUAGUAUUAUUAUUUGCUAUUAUAAGUAUGUAUAUUGUAAGUAAUUAAUGAAAAUGUCUUCCUUUUCUACCAGAUAUGACCGUUUGUGAGUGCUAUAGUUAAUAGGUAAAAUUUAGUUUUAGUUCGUAAGUGUUUUUUUGUUACGAAAAGUGAUCCCUAAGAUUUUAAGUAUUUAUUUUUCACUCUAAUUAGUUUAGGUAGUAUAGUGUAUGUAUGAAAAUACAAUAAAAUUCAACGUCCGACUUAUUCA